AGUAGUCGUCCUGACAGCGAAAGACAACUUAGGUCGGCAGCCUUACAUGCAGUCGCAAGCUUCAAUCACAGCGCUGCCCGUCACCGACCGACAGCUGUUCUUCGUCAGCGCCCAGCGCCAGCUGACGGCCGCUAGUGACGUCACUGAACUGCUGGAGGAUAUCCGCUCGGCCGGCGGGUUCAGUGCGGUGCUCUCUCCCCAGCUCCAGGGCAUCAACUACGGCGGUCAGGUGGACAGAGUGCCGGCCUCGCCAGGGAACGGCACGAGUCAGCUGUACGUCUACGCCAUCGGUCGGGACAGUGACGGAGCGUACCGCGUGGUGGAGCGAGACGAGUUUCUGAGCGCGCUGGGAAAAAUGGCGGAGUCAGACACCGUGCGGUACGUCGAGAGCAAGGAAGACCAAAUGAACAGAGGGGGCGGGGAGGAGGACACGGAGACGGGACUGAUUGUCGCCCUGGCCGUCGUCUCCUGCCUGCUGGCGGCGGUCAUUGUCGCCGCUGUGUUCAGAGAUUACACAGUUCGACGGCGCAGCAGGGACGACUGAACAGGAGACAACUCAAAAGGAAGCAGUCUGAUUAAUGGUGAUAAGGUUACGGGCCGGACAUCAAAGAUUCAGCGCCAGGCCUAAGUUAUCGAACCAACAACAGGAAUUCCGAGAAUUGAUGAAUCGCGUGCAGCAUGUUCCGGUGAAAAUUGAUAGCCUUUUGAUGUAGUGCUAAGAAAUUUAUUUAGACGUGAAAAGCCGGAUAUAUCAUUGAAUACGGUGAAGGAUGAGUGGAAUUUACAGCAAUGGUGCAUCGAUUCAUUCCAAACAACGAGACAAUAACUCUUUUCUAAAUACCAAUGACCCGGAAGCUAUUCAGAGAAAGUCCCAAUAAUUUCCUACGACGGGCAUUCUAUUCAAUGGCCUAGCCAAUAACCAUAGGUGAAUGUAAGUACCUCAUCAUAACAUGUCUAUACAUCGAUACCCACAUGCCGACAGGAAUAGCUGCCGUGAGUGGAUGGAUAUACCAGCAGGUCAGGUCACAGAAGGGGUCACAUUUUCAUUCAGCACACCGUAAGGCGUAAACUGUAGCAUACUGAGCAUUACAUAAGCUUGUAGGGUCAUCCACUCGACCGGCAGGCAUAGUUAGACACAUGAAACAUUAUGGGAGCUGGCUGGACUGCCCGCUGCCCCUGGUUUGUUUUUAAGUGUCCAGCUGUGUCAGCCGUGGUUUAUUCUACCUCAAAUAAAUAGAUAAUGUAGCAGAAUGUGUGGCAACAUGUCAAAUGGUGUGAUUGUUCGAUUAUUGCAUAGUCAAUACCUACAUGGAUUCUUGUAAUAAAAUAAUGUGUGAUGCGAGUAGCAUUUAAAUAUUUAUUUUGAACGACAACGGGAUGCUGAUCAAGUGCAUUUUGUUCCAUGUUUGUAGAUAGCAAAUAAACACCGCCAUUUUACC